AUGGAACAACUUCUGGCCCUCUGGCGGAAUUUCCUGCCAGGUGACGACCUGUUUGAUGCACGAAACGAGAAUCUCAUAUGGCUUUUCGUUGAUGUUCCUAUUGAUGUAGGGAUGCUUGGAAAGCAAGGCUUAGCCGCCCAGAAGGAGAUUCUGGACUGGUUCCACAUGGUUCGCGGCUGUAACUCCGUCCUCCAGUCGCAGUGGGAGACUCUAUCCCACAGCUUCCUCGCCCCGCUUCUGAACAAAGCUAUGACGCAGCAAACCGCACCCUCGCAUUUACUUAGGAACCUUACAGCUCCACUCCAACCCGAAAUGCGAUCCCAAGUAUAUGCCAACACCGCUAAACCCCAAUCCCAACUACAGACACCAAUCGCCAUGUCUCAAAGCUUAAUACACCUUGCUACUCGGCCAAGCUUUCCCAUCACCCGCCACCUUGAUAAACGAACAUAG